UUCACAUACCUAUAUACAGCCCAAGUAUCUCUUCCAUCGAGCCAUAGCAUCAAGGGCAUCACAUCUAAAACCGAGCACAACACUCUUCCUUGUUUCAUCAUGGCAGCUGGACAGUACCAGGACAACUCCGUGGAUAGCCAAUCUUUCCUAGUGGCUCCAGAUAUGAAUGGAGGAAUGUAUGAUGGCACCUCCAGCGAAUCUUCAGCAAGCUCACCACUCAAUUGCAAUGGCUUCGACAACCUAUAUGGAGCAAAUGGCUUCAUGCCAUACCCAGCAUUUCCAAUGCAAUAUCCUAUGAACGGCGAAGGAAUGACUCCGAUGGGCCUGAUCCCCGUGGAACUUGACAUCGAGGGCCUCUAUGAGGACCAUGACAGACGACGGAGGAAGAAUGGUAGUGACAAGACUGUUUCUUCGCAUGUCCACUCGCGUCGUCGAGCUCAGAAUCGCGCAUCCCAACGAGCGUUCCGAGACCGAAAGGAGAAGCACAUGCGCGAACUCGAACAACGAUUGAAUGAGCUUGAAGGUCGACACAGCGAUCUUUCUAGAUCGUAUGAAUCCUUGCAACUCGAAUAUACCAGCGUGAAACAAGAGUUGGACAAGUUUCGCAAGGACAAUGCUAGACGUGAAGGAUCGUCCUCAAGGAAUUAUCAGUCCAGAGAUUGGGAAGAAUCGAAACCAGAGAUACUGGACCCUCUCUUAUUCGAUGUAUCGGCCUUUUGUUUUGAUCAAGACGACAGCACGGAUCGGAAGGACUAAAAUGAUUAUGCUUCUCUGCGGCGUUUGGAGGGUGGAAUUUUGACAUUGCAGCAGGCGCCAUUGAUAUCUCCAAAUUGAUGGAGGGGUAGAUACCGGGCUUCGGGGCUUCUGAUUCUGGGCGCCACUAUGGCAAGCUUCAUGUCGAUAUUGAUAACUAUCUAUAA